GCGGUGCGGCGGCUGCGGGCGGGCGGCGCGGCGCGGGGCUACGCGGGGACGGCCGAGGGCAGCUGGCUGCGCUCGCUCUUCGUGCACAAGGUGGAUCCGCGCAAGGACGCUCACUCCAACCUCCUGGCCAAGAAGGAGACGAGCAACCUCUACAAGAUCCAGUUUCACAACGUGAAGCCCGAGUGCCUGGAGACCUACAACAGCCUGACGGAGGAGGCGCUGCCCAAGCUGCACGCGGACGCCGACUACCCCUGCGCGCUGGUGGGCAGCUGGAACACGUGGUACGGCGAGCAGGACCAGGCAGUGCACCUCUGGCGCUUCUCCGGCGGCUACCCGGCCCUCAACGAGUGCAUGAACAAGCUGAAGGAGAACCAGGAAUACGCCGCUUUCCGGCGCGAGCGCAGCCGCCUGCUGCUGGCCCGCCGCAACCAGCUGCUGCUCGAGUUCAGCUUCUGGAACGAGCCGCUGCCGCGGCGCGGGCCUCACGUCUAUGAGCUGAGGACCUACAAACUCAAGCCGGGGACCAUGAUCGAGUGGGGCAAUAACUGGGCUCGGGCCAUCAAGUACCGCCAGGAGAACCAGGAGGCCGUGGGUGGCUUUUUCUCCCAGAUCGGCGAGCUCUACGUGGUGCAUCACCUGUGGGCCUACCGGGACCUGCAGUCGCGCGAGGAGACGAGGAACGCGGCGUGGCGCAAGAGCGGCUGGGACGAGAACGUCUACUACACGGUGCCGCUGAUCCGCAGCAUGGAGUCGCGCAUCAUGAUCCCCCUGAGCAUCUCGCCCCUGCAGUGAGCCGGUGCCUGGGCACCCCGUCGCCCCCCGUCCCGCCGGGUCCCCCCUCCCCAGCCUGGGGCACCCGCUCCGGACAGCCCCCCCUCCACCCCGGGCUGGGAGCACCCGGCCCCGUGGCGGGAGGUGGCAGCGGUGGCCGUCGUCUGGAGCCCCAAGUUCAUUGGAGGACGGUGUUAACGAGCGCUAAUGAGCCCCCGGGCCUGGCCUGCACCCAUUAAAUGUUCGAUGCACCCA